ACCUCGUCGGCGAUCCGCCGUGCGCCUGCCGCCGGCGGGAGGGGAACUCCGCCGGAGAUGUCGGUUCUCAUAGUGACCAGCGUGGGGGACAUCGAGGUGGACCUCCACACCGACAUGUGCCCCCUCACCACCAAGAACUUCCUCAAGCUCUGCAAAUUCCUGAGUGGUGCUAUGGCUAGUGAGUGGAGGAAGCGGAGUGGAUGACGCCACUUUGCUGCACAAGCCGGCGACUCUCAUGAGCGCGUCAAGGCAGUGAUCCACUAGCGGCAUCAAUGGUCGAGUGCAAGAAACCUUUUAACCUCAUGGAGGUGGUAGCCCACUGCUUCUCAGCUUGAGGAGAGUGGUGGCUGCUCGCAGUCUCGCAGAUGGGCGGUGAACAAAUCCAGCGAGAAGCUCUCCCCCGCACUGCUGAACAUUCUUGCAUGAGUUCAUCUGGGCAAAAGAGUGGAUGAAGUAUUAUAACGGGUGCCUGUUCCACAAGAUAGAGAAGGAUUUCUUGGCACAAACUGGGGACUCAACUGGAACAGGAGCUGGAGGCGACUCUGUAUACAAAUUCCUUUAUGGUGACCAAGCACGAUUUUUUGAUGAUGAGAUCCAUCCGGAGCUUAGGCAUUCUAAAAUGGGAACUAUUGCUAUGGCAAGUGCUGGUGAAAAUUGCAACGCCUCGCAGUUCUACAUCACCUUGCGGGAUGGCGUGGACUACCUCGAUGAUAAACACACUGUGUUUGGCAUGGUUGCUGAAGGCUUUGACACGAUUACAAAGAUUAAUGAAACAUAUGUUGAUGAUAAAGGGAGACCAUUUAAGGAUAUCAGGAUUAGACAUACAUAUGUCUUGGAUGACCCUUUUGAUGAUCCUCCUCAGCUCAGUAAACUUAUUCCUGAGAAUUCUCCUGUAGGGAAACCACAGGAUGAGAUUGCAGAAGAGCGCUUAGAGGAUAACUGGGUCCCUCCAGAUGAAACAGUGGCUCCUGAAGAACUCGAGGAUACUAUCCGCUCCAAAGAAGCACAUACAAAUGCUGUUAUUCUUCAGAGCUUAGGAGAUAUUCCAGACGCUGAGAUCAAACCACAAGACAAUGUUUUAUUUGUUCGUGAACUCAACAAAGUAACACAAGAUGAAGAUUUAUAUACAAUUUUUUCUCAUUUUGGCUCUGUGACGUCAGCUGAAAUAAUUCGUGACUAUAAGACUGGUGAUAGCUUAUGCUUUGCUUUUAUUGAAUUUGAGAAAAAGGAGGCAUGUGAGCGCGCAUUCUUCAUGAUGGACAAUUGUUUGAUUGAUGAUCGAAGAAUACGUGUUGACUUCAGCCAAAGUGUUUCAAAACAGUGGCGUCAGUUCAGACAAAGCAAAAGUAAUGCAAAUAAAGAUGGGUGCUUCAAGUGUGGCGCACUUGAUCUCAUAGCCAGAGACUGUGACCAGAGGGCUGAGCAGAAAAACAAAGGGCCAAAUUAUAUCCUGAAAGACGAAAACACUCAGCGCAGUGGGAACAAGCGUCGAAGCUACGAUCUUGUCUUUGAAGAUGGUGAAAACUAUAAUGGUCAGCAAGAUCUCCGAAGCGCUGACCGAAGAAAGAUCCAUAAGAUAGAUGAUCGAAGAUCAGGGUUGCCACCUCGGGGUGACCGUGAUAGGAUUAGCCGGGAGAGAACGCACAUUGAUGAGAAUGAUAAAGAAGGUAAUAGGGACCGAGGGAAUCAGAAGCAUGAGGACUACAACCGUUACUGUAAACCUGGUGAACGAAGCUCCAGUAGACAUGAUGAUCGUGGCUACAGCAAGCACGAGAGCAGAAGCAAAUAUAGGGAUGGCGAUGACGAUUACAGACGACAAUCAGGAGGCAGUCGAUAUGGCAGGGAUAAGUGCGAUGGUGAACGACGCUACAGAGGAGAUGAUGACCAUGGAAGGAGCAACCGCCACACGAGAUGAAAGUGAUAACAGGAAAAGAAGCCCAGACACUGGUAGUAGGCAUAGAAGAUAAGAUAGGGAGCACCGUGAGUGAGACGAGCAAACACAGGGAAAGAAGUCAGAGUGAUGAUAGUAUAUUGCUAAGGUAGCUCACGUAUAUUUUGUAUAGUUCUUUUUCUGUUACUUUACAUACGAGGAUUUCAGACGAAGACGGGUGAGAGAGAUUUUGACAGUUUUUUGCUCUCGUGUGUAAACUUCUCAGCUGAAUCUCACAUUUCAUCAUCUGGAGUCUGAUUACACCUUUCAUCUCU